AUGGCCUCUGCUAACAUUGACCCCGCCGGAGCCGCCGCCCCAAGGCCGCCCUCCGGAUCACGGAGCGUUGCGACUUCGCCCGCUCCUGCCUCGCUUCCUGGGUCCUCCCCGUCGGAGAAGAGGACCCGUCCGCCUGGUCCACCUCCGCCUGUGCCUGGUGCCCCCUCUUUGCCCCUUCGCCCUGCACAGGCUCCGCCGUUUGGUGACAAGUGCGAGUACGCUUCGGAUGACGUCCUUCUUUUCUGGAAACCUCCGUCUGUGUCGUCGCAAUGGACUCCUUCGGUUUUUAACGUACUGGGGGUACGUUAUUCAUGUGGUGAGCAAUAUAUGAUGUCUGAAAAAGCGAAGUUGUUUGGAGAUAUGACGUCGUAUGACAAAAUUAUGGCUGCACCAGAUCCUAAGACACACAAGUUUUUGGGUCGAAAUGUGCGUCCUUUCGACUAUGCCGAAUGGGAGCGUCGUCGUGAAGAGAUCGUGCUCACGGGGUCGUAUGCCAAAUUUGCUCAAAACCAUGACAUGAAACAUCAUCUACUGGAGACGGGUACCCGCCUCCUUGCAGAAUCCAGCCCCUUCGAUCGUGUUUGGGGUAUCGGCAUGUCUGCAUGCUUUCCAGAGGCUAGCGUUUCAUCCAAGUGGGCGGCUAGCGGUAAAAACUUGUUGGGAAAAGCUUUGAUGGAAGUUCGACGCCUUUUGCGUGAUCAUUCCCUGUCUGGCGAAGAUUUCCCCGCUUCCAAUUCUCCCACGCCCCCCAAAGGCAAAGCUGAGCCGGUAACCUGGUGGUCGAGCUCACGAAGCGAUUUGGAGGGGGGAUGCCUCUAUCGAACCCAGAUUACCCAGAAGAAAAUGUCAAUAACGACCGCCUCCACUAGCCAAGAGGCAUGCAUUCAUUCCCUUCAACCCUCGUAAUCCGCUUCAAGAAAUAUUCGGUGG